UCAGUGUCUGAUGACGAAUUUCCCCACGAAUCAUUAUCACUCAAUUCUGCAAGUAAGUUCUAAUUUACUAUCGCUGUUCUCUAGCUGGUCUAAAACCGCUUUUGACCUAAAGGGACGCUUUUUGGACGCCAUGGACGUUUCUCAGUUUCCAGGCAGAAAGAACAGUGAAAAUGCAGGCAGGGCACAGGACAAAGCACUCGGGACAAAAUGUAUGUGAAAUGGUUUGAUACAGUAAUGUUUUACUAUGUGAUUUUAGUGAAUUGAAUGUCACUUUUUGUAAUUUUCAAGUUUCCCGCCGUUCCGUCCCCCGUAUGUCCCGACGCUCGCAGGGAACGGAACCCAGAUGACAGAUGCCAGCAUCCGCCGGAUUACAUUGCCGGGGACACUGCAGGAGGGACA